AUGCUUGAUGAUGUCUUUGACCAUGCCUCUAACGAUGCUGAUGACCUCCUUCUAGGUUCAAGAGAAUGGGAUAGACGGAUUUACGAGGCAAAUUUAUCUGGACAGCGAGACGGGCUAUCUGAUUUCAAUCUGUCGCUGGCGCAAGCUUCAUACAAAGAAGGAUUUGCUCUUGGUUGGAACGCUACCUGCGAGAUUGCAUUUCUUAAGGGUAGACUAUUUGCACUUAUACAUUCAACCAAGUCUCAAAUAUCAGUAUAUAAAAUCAUCUCGGAAUUAGCUAACGUUGCAAGAGAGAUUGAGGCCUCCAUUAUUCAACAGGAUCCUCUUAAAUAUUCACGAAGCUUGCUUGAACUUUCGGAAAUUAACAGAACUUCAUUCAAACUUCUCAAUGAAAUAAAACUGUCUGAGUAG